GUAAAUGUUGCUGAGCACAGUUUUGAGGUGAUGCGCAGCCGAGUGCUGCCGCAGUGCAGCGGUUUCGGAAGAGUUCUCCGCUGCGGCUGUUUAUCUUCUCCGCUGUUCGAGGCGUAGAUUAGCUUAGCCAGCUUAGCUAACACACCGUUAGCCUGCCCAACUCAAGAGAGUUGAGGUAAACCUUUUUAAACUUGUUUUAGCGGCCUGUCUCCUGGUUGGGUGUUGCAGUGGAUACAGUAUGUUUAUACUUCUUGACACGCGUGCAUUGCAAGGCAUAUGCUGAAAGUGCAAAGGUGCUACACUGACUCACCUACAAGAUGGGAGCUGUAGUUUCUCGGUGGAGGACAAAACCAACCACUGUGGAGGUACUGGAAGGACUAGACAAGGACAUACAAACUCUUGAGGAGCACAGAGAAAAGAAUCAAAAACAGCUGAAGUUAUGGGUUUAUAGAUUGCUUCUGUAUUCAGCUCUUCUGUACUUGAUGGCCUGUGUAACUGUUUAUGUCUGGUACAUCCCUGAACAACUAACUGGAAAACUAAUAGUGGCAUCGCCCUUUUUAAUAUUUCCAGUUUUAGUAUGGCUCCUAAGAAAACUAUUAAUUGCUUUAUAUUCAAAAAGGACAGAAAGAAAUGAUGAGAAAUUAGAAGAACUCAAAUCUGAGAAAAAGAGAAUACUUGAACAAGUGAUGGAAACAGAAACAUAUAAAACCGCCAAAUUGAUUCUGGAGAGGUUUGACCCAGACUCGAAGAAAAAGAUUGAGCUGGAGGCUACACCUGUUGGACCUCCAAUGACACCUAGGCAAGGUCAAGAGCUCCGUCAGAGGCAUGUGACUCCUCAUGCUCCUGUUGCUGUGACUCCCAGCCCAGCAGCCGCAGCACGUCCUCCCCGUGCCCCUGCUGGCCCAACUGCCUCCCCUGCCCUGAUCUCAGCCCCUGGUGGGCCCCCAGAGAGGAGCCUGUCUGCUGCUGGUGCCCACCACAACCUUAUGAGAAGACCAGCCACCCCCACAGGCACCCCUGUUGCUGGGAUGGGAACGCAUCCUCCUGGACCACCCCUUGCUAGGCCUGUCCUUCCUCGAGACAGAGGAGCUAUGGACAGAGUCAUUGAGUACCUAGUUGGUGAUGGGCCACAGAACAGAUAUGCACUAAUAUGCCAGCAGUGUCUGUCUCAUAAUGGCAUGGCUUUAAAGGAGGAAUUUGAAUACGUUGCAUUCAGAUGUGCAUACUGCUACUUCCUGAAUCCUGCCCGGAAGACACGCCCCCAGGCUCCACGUCUCUCAGAACUCAGUGGAGAAGGCAAGAUGAGCCAAGGGCCAUCUGCUGUUGCCUUGGAGACAGACCAGGGUGCCCCUGCAUCUACCUCAGCAGAGGGUAAAUCUGAGGCCUCUGGUCUGGUGGAAGAGGUGGAGCACAGGGAGCAUCAGGCAGCGGAAAGCCAAUCAGAUGAGGAGAAAUGCAGAGAGCCGGAGCGCCACACUACACUCCCAGACCCAGACAAAUCAGACAAUGAGCAAGACGUGUCCGCCAUGGAGGUGGAGUAGUGUUUCUACAAAUCUAUCUAGUUAGUCUGCCAAGCUGCGUGUGUUUAUGCACGGUUUAUUAGCAUGAUUAGCAUUUUUCAUUUGGUUUACUUUUUUCCCUUUUUUUCUUUUUUAAUGGCAAGCUAGAAUAAUGAAAAAAGCUUAGACAUCUGAUGAGCCAAUAUUUGAAUGCUGCAUUUUUAGUUGUGCAUUUUCUGUUUUUUUUUUUUUUUUUUUUAGUUUUUUUUAAGAGGAUAGUAUGAUUUCAUGUUGCAGUAGUUAAGUAGCCAUAACUGCAUAGUUUUUUUUUUGUUUUUUUGCCUCAUUGUCACCUUUUAAUCAAUAAAGCACUGUUGGAUAAGUUUAAAAACAGUUAAUUUACACAACCAUUUAGGUUCUUUUUUUUGUUUGUGUUUUUUUAGUAGUAAACACAUUCUUUUCUGUGUUUCAGUUUACAUCAGUACUGUUUCUUAAUGACUGAAUGUAUUUAAUGUACUUCAUUUCAUGUCACUAUUUAAUGUUUUUCAACAUGUACAAUAAUGCGUAAUAUCCCAUCUGUUGUCAAAUGUUUAUUUAUAGAGUUUUUCUUAUAUAUAUAUAUUAUUGUUACAGUGCCUUAUGUGAAAGUAUUUAAAUAGGUUUACGGUUCUCUAAACAGACGCAAAAAGAAGGGUUCAUGUUUACAUGUAUUACGGUACAGACAUUUGAAAGUCCAGAGCUAUUUAUUUCUUUGUAAACUGUGAGUAUGGGGCAGUAACCAAUGUUUGUGCCUUUUGUAUAUGAUAUUUCUGUACAAGUUAAAAUAAAUAGCAAUUAUAUAAUUACUACAUGUAAGGUUUUGCUUAAGAUAUGUAAAUGCCACGUUUGGUUCUCCACGUGCACUUUGCUCAAAUAAAGUUCUUUUUAACAUUAA